GGAUGCACGUGUACACAGCGUAGCGAUUUAAUCAUUUUUUAACGACUGAUUUUAAAAAAUAACUGUAGUUUUUUUUAGUGCUAUAAAAAUCUUCAUUUUUUUGUGAAUUUGUAUUUUCGUGCGUUCGUUUCUUCAGAAAUUAUUUUUUCUGCACUUUCGAUUCGAAUGGUUUAGUUCAUGAGAGCUUCCAAAAAGAUUCAAAAAUGAAAAUAGAUAUAAAUCGGUAUCCCAUGAAAAUAUCGAGUUCAACGCAAGUACAGAAAACACCAUUCAAACAUUUUCCAGACAUCUGCAGCCCAAAAAUAAUGAUUCGAUGAUAUCAACGCUACCAAUUUCGCUAUCCAUGAUCGAGCUAAUUCUUAUCCUUUUAACCAUCUCCUCGUGUUACCCUGCAAAUAAGGCAGAAAUCGCGAACAACUCGUGCGAGAAAAUCUUAACAUCAAAUCAUACAAACGGAAAUGGAGCCCAUACUAAUUAUUUCUUCAAGGAUGUCGAGAUCAUUAAGAAUUGCUCUUCGGAUUACGAAAAUCAAGAAAUCAAAGAAAAAUGCGAAUUUACUUCGCAAAAUGGUAAACAUUUACCCGAUGAUAUUUUCCUCUACAGACCAGUAACGGUGAAAAAGAAUAAUAUCACUUAUUGGAAUAUUUACUGCGCCAUUUGUCGUCACCAAAAUGAAGAAUAUUUGAUAGGGGAUGUUGUUUUAACCGCGAAUUCGACCUCGAAUAAAAAUUCCAGCAUCGAGUUCGUUCAAAUAGUCAAUAAUACUUUUCUAUCAUUUUCAAGUUAUUUGAACAAUUGGAACACGUCGUUGUCGUCAUGGACGAUGCUGCACGAUGGUACAAUUUAUAAUACUCAAAUUCAUAGGCAUCAGUCGUUAGAAAAGUUACCGGUGACGAAAUGUGGAGAAAGUUGUAAUUAUGCACGUAAUAAUGCGUGCAUCAUUUCAACAAAACUAGAUUGGAGUUAUUUUACUCAAAAUCAUCCUUCUAAGGAAGUCAAAUCGAAACCAUAUUUGGCGAUUAUGGGUAAAAACUGUCCCUAUUAUGGUAAAAAUUAUGCACAGUGUGAAGUGAAUAAGUUUUUUGUCCAAGGAUUUGAUAUUGCUUUGUGUGAAAACGACGAAGUUUUUGCAUAUCUUGAAGGUACAACAUUUCCUCCAACACGAUGUGUUAAAGUAGAUUAUUUUAAAAUCGACCGAGAAAAAUUAAUUUUCGUGUGCGAUAAAUUUGAUCUAACAAAGAACCGUGGAUUUUGGUCAAAUGUGGGUCAUAUCUUGAUAAACACUGCUCGUUACAUUUCCAUAAUCUUGCUGCUGAUUCAUUUGGCAAUCAGUACGAAUGCUUCGAAUUUAAAAACUUUAUGCAACUGUGUUGUAUAUUCAUGUUCGUCAACCACCUUAUUGCUUUACAUUUACAACGAAAUAAUGCUUUCAUUGGAAGAAUGUUCGGUCAGAUACUUCAUCCUGAUUUAUCUCGUCUCGAGUAUCAUACUUUGGACAUUAAUCUUGAUCUACGAUGCUUGGCGAGUUGUUUUCAGUGCCCUUCGUGACACUGAAGCAUCAUCAGACAAAGUCCGAAUGAUGAAAUACAUCAGGUACUGCAUUUUUGGUUGGACUCUACCUUUGAUAACUACUUGGAUAUUGACAUAUUUGAUCGAAAAUCCAUCAUCAUCCAGAUGUCUUAUUAUUCCCAAGUACCCUUUGUAUUGUCAAAUGUACGUGAAAGGAUUGAAAGAGAACUUCAGUUUGGCUUAUUUAUUCCUAAGUCCGCUGGUGUUUGGGCCUACUUUUUGCUUCGUGUGUUUAGUGAAAUCUGACUCACUCAGAUCGACGAUUAAGAAAAGCCAUCUGAGUGUUUUAUCCAGGACUACGUAUUUGAUGACUUUGUAUUGGUUACUCGUAUUUAUUAUAUGGGUGUUUACAAAGAAAACCUUUGAGUCUAUUUCUGAUACUUUGAUUUGUACAUUUUUAUCGUUUCAAGGAAUCUGCGUAUUUUUCCUGUUCGGCUUCAAGAAGGAUUCGAUGAGAUGGUUGUUGUCUGAGUGUGGUUUUAAUGUAGCGACCAGAACGACGAGAACUGAAGUUAGUCUGGUUCAGUUUACACAGCAGAUUAUUGAGCCGUUGGUGGAUAAUGAUCCGAUGUAAAUUAAUGAAAGUUUUGGAGAGAAAGGGCGAGGGGGUUAUUUUGAAUGUUUUUUUUGAAAUAUGUAAUAUAUGCGUGUAGCAAUUCAUUUGGACUGUCAAAAAUUGAUUUCUGAUGCAAAAAAUAAACCACGCACUCUCUCAUGCGAAAAAUGUUCAAUUUUCUGAUGCGGAAAUAAUUGAUGUUGUGAUGCAAAAAAAAUCAAUUUUCUGAUGCAACAAAUCGACAAAUUCCUGAUGCGAAAGCUAAACAUUUUCUGAUCCAAAAAAGUUAUGUAUUUCCCUGACGAAAAAAUGAACAUUUUUUCUGAUGGAAAAUGGACAUUUUCCUGAUGCAAAAUUCAUAUUUUCCUGAUAAAAAAAAGUAUUUUCUGAUGAAAAAUGAGUACUUUCCUGAUAAAAAAAAGUAUUUGCCUGAUGAAAAUUGGUCUUUUUCUGAUGCAAAAUGGACAUUUCCUGAUACAAAAUGAAUAUUUUCAUGGUGAAAAAUUGACGUUUUCCUGAUGUAAAAAUGGGAAUUUUAUUUCUUGAUGCGCAACAAGUAAACAAUCGCCUGAUUAAAAAUAAACCAUUUCCUGAUGCAAAAAAAAAUACAGUCAAACUUGGAUAAGUGGAACCCAUGUAAGUGGAAAACCUCUAUAAGUGGAAUAAAAUUCGUUUCCCUAGCACUUCCCUAUGUAAACCCAUGUUAAAGUCACCUCUUUAAAUGGAAACAGAACCUAUGUAAGUGGAAUUUUGUUUUGAGUAGCAGAACUUCUGGAACUAAAAUGUUGCUUUUCGUUUUACCUCUAUAAGUGAAAUUCUUUUCCUUCUUACCUCUAUAACUGAAACAUUUAUCAUAACAGCACCUCCAGAAGUGGAAUUCGUUCCAGUUAACGAGGUAAGAAGGAGGGGAAUUUCACUUAUAGAGGUAAAACGAAAGCAACAUUUCAGUUCCAGAGGUCCUGCUACUCAGAAUAAAAUUCCACUUGUAUAAGACUUUAACAUAGGUUUAGAUGGGGAAGUGGUAGGGAAACAAAAACCUCCAUAACUGGAAUUCCAAUUUGUUCAACCUCUAUAAGUGAAACCUACUUUAGUGGAAAACCUAUGUAAGUGGAAAAAAAUCCGUUUCCCUUGCGAUUCCACUUAUCCAGGUUUGACUGUAGAUGAAUUUUCUGAUUCAACAAAAUCAACAAUUAUCUGAUGCAGUAAGUAAAUGAACAAUUUUUGAUUUUAAAAAUGAACUGAUACAAAAAAGAGUUUACAAUUUUCUAAUCCAAAAAUAAUUACUUUUUCCUGACUAAAAAAUGAGCAUUUUCCUGAUGAAAAAUGGGUAUUUUCUUGAUGAAAAAUUGGCAUUUUCCUGAUGAAAAAGCAACGUUUUCCUGACAUAAAAAUGGACAUUUUCCUGAAGCAAAAAGUAAACAAUUGCCUGAUGCAAAAAAUUAAAUAAACAGCUUCCUGAUGCAAAAAAUGGAUGGAUUUUCUGAUUUAACAAAAUAAACAAUUUCCUGACCUAGAAAAUGAACUAUGUUUUAUUUAAAAAAUGAACAGACACACAGCCAGUAUCCUGAUACAAAAAAGAGUUCACAAUUUUCUGAUCCAAAAAAAUUACAUUCUCCUGAUGAAAAAAUGAACAUUUUUCUGAUGCAAAAAUGAACAUUUUUCUGAUGAAAAAAUGUAGUACAGGAAUUUUAGAUGAUAUGGGAAGAUUUAUUCGGACUAAAUCCUACAAAAGGUUUUUUUGCGGGAUACUGUAGUGGAAGGGGUCCUAUUUAACAUACUAAAAGUCCCACCCCGUACCCCGCGUGCGUCGCGUGCUAGAGCGUGAAAAGU